AUGUGCUUCACAGAAGGGAAAUCGAGAAGGCAUUACCAGGAAACGCGCAAGAGAGCUGAAGCACAAGUCAAGAAAAAUCUUCGCCAGGCUGGCAAAGUCGAGUCGAACCGGCAGAAUCGCUUGUUCGCUCCCAGCAACAGUAGUGUGGACGAAAUCCGUACACGUACUCUCGCUAAGGCUAAGCAAAACAGGUCCCAAGCUCCGCCGGUGCCAGUCAUUAACGACAGCAGCGAAAGCAGCCUAUAUCCCGCGCCGUUAAACAUCCGCAAGAAGACGCCGCAGCAGCAGCGCAGUCCUCCACAAGCGCACGGGCAACAAGCAGACGCGAGGCCAACACACCUAGGCGACACCACUCCGGCACUGAGAACUGCUGUAAGCCCAGCGGACCAAAGCGACAUUCAUCCCGCGCUCAGAAGCGAGCCCCAGACCCACCGCCGUCGUGCGUCGACCGCAUCGCAGUCCUCCCUCGAGAGGGAAAUUUAUGCUUAUCUUGGCACGAGUCCUGGAAACUCUCCUAGGGAAUCCGAGGUCUCGCUGCUUAACAUCACAGAGAAACUCCCAUACACCUCCUCACGUAGAAGGUAA